GCUUGGCUGACCGAGCCAUGGUCUUCUUGUUUGUUUUCUUGGCACAGGAUUCCACGCACAUCUCAGCGGCCCGACAGCAAACUCGUAUAAAAUCGAAUCAUUUCCUCCGAAAUUUACAUUCCCUCACACGCUUCCAUUCAACUGUAGAAAAAUCUCUCUGUGUUUGGUCUCAUGAAGAAGAAUUGGUGAGAUAAAGUUUUCGAGAACAGCGAAACGAGACGCCAUGGCUCCAUUGCUGUUGCAGCUCAACGGCGAAAGAGCCGUGGUUUUACUUUAUAUUUGCCAAAUCCUAUUCUCCACCCCUCUCUCUCUCCUUUCCCAAGCUUUUUCUCUCUCUCUACUCACGCUCUUCGCCCUCUCCGUCGAGAUCUCCGCCGAUGACCCUUCCAAUCCCCUUUCGCAGUUCUUCAAAACCAGGCCUGGAGUUACAUCAGGGAUUAUGCUGGGGGCAAUGACACUGCCAGGGCUGAUGGUUUCAAGAUUAAUACAGGUUUCAAGGUUGGUGUCAUUACAUGAAGCUGAAGUUGGAGAGCUAGAAUAUCUGAAUUUGCAAUAUUGGGCUGCAUCAGCCAUUUGCUUUGCUGUGUUACUUUUUAUCUGCUUCAUUUUUCGACUUCAUCACACCAGUGCUGGGUCUACAUGUUCUCUCUUUAAUCGGGACACAAAAUUUGGUGUAGCCUGCAUGGCCUUGUUCAUAGGAAUCUGCUAUAUGUCAUUUCUCGGGAAAACAUAUGGUGGGCUGUCUGCAACUUUGAUAAUAUUAUGGGUGCUCUGUCAUGGAUUAGCAGCAGUUUACUUAAUUCAGAACAUUCUUCGUACUUUUUCGGCAUGUUUUUCUGUUGGGGAAGGGCUUCUGGUCACUGCUGGCUUUGUCAUCUAUUUUGGGGACAUGUUGUUCUACAUUGCUUCAAAGAUUCCUGGAUAUUGGGUAUCAUCCAAUUUAGUUUUUCUGGAAAAUGGCAUCAAGAGAGAUGAGAUACAUAUAAUUAUUCAGGGUAUCACUCUUGGCCUACUUCUUUUUCCUGUUUUCUACAGAUAUGUUCUCAAAAUUUGGCAAUGCUCUGCUAGCUCAUCUAGCUCUCAAGACAUGUCGAACCAUGAGAUCAGAAGAUCCUUUUCUUUCUGUGCUUUGCUGGCAUUUAUGUUGGCUGUGGCUGUUCCGUCAUGGAUGCAAUUUGUCCAUGAUUUUCACAUGCACCCUCUGUUGUGGGUAUUUAAUUUUGUUUUCUCUGAACCACUCAAGAGACUGUCCCUAUGUGUCUAUUGGGUAGCUGUUAUAUAUGUGUCAGUAAUAUGGUUCUACAACAUUUCGAAGAAAAGUACAAUUGAGAGAAUUCUUCUUCGUAAAUACUACCAUCUGAUGGCUGUUUCAAUUUUUGUUCCUGCACUUAUUUUCCAGCCAAAGUUUCUUGAUCUGGCUUUUGGUGCAGCUUUGGCAGUCUUUCUCAUGUUGGAAAUUAUACGAGUAUGGAGAAUUUGGCCUUUAGGUCACCUUGUUCACAAAUUCAUGAAUGCUUUUACUGACCAUCGUGAUUCUGAUUUGCUUAUUGUCAGCCAUUUUUCACUCUUACUGGGAUGUGCACUUCCUAUCUGGCUAUCUUCUGGUGUUACUGAUCGUCCACUUGCACCCUUUGCUGGAAUUCUGAGCCUUGGUAUUGGUGAUACAAUGGCAUCAAUGGUUGGCCAUAAGUAUGGAGUCAUCCGCUUGAGCAAAACUGGCAAGAAGACAAUUGAAGGAACUGCUGCUGGCAUAACUUCCGUUUUGGCUGCAUGCUCCGUUCUACUUCCACUUCUAGCCUCAACUGGUUACAUCUUCACUAUGCACUGGUUCUCUCUUAUAUUGUCAGUGACUACUAGUGGUCUGUUGGAGGCCUACACAGCACAACUGGACAAUGCCUUUAUACCUCUCGUUUUCUACAGCCUUCUCUGUCUGUAAAAUGCCAAUUGCUCUAAGCUUGCAACAUAUGAAUUCUUACUCACCUGUUGCUCCAAUGUGUCUUGUAAAUAUCACAGACCUAACAUAUACAGUAGUCCAUACAUAGAUGAAAUUUUGAGUUCUCAGUAGUACAAACAGAUUUGGUAACACAUCAUUUUUUAUCAGCUUUGAUGUUGUAAUAGCAUCCUAGUGAUACCGGGAAAGAAUAAAUCCUGAAUCGUAAAUAGUGAAUUAGGAGGAUUUUUGUUAAAUGUAGAGACAUGCAGCAAAAUUUAUAUUUGCCAAUAAAUUUGAUAUUGUGCAUUCUGGUUU